AAACCGCAAGUGUCUGUGUGUGACUGCGAAUUCGUGUUCGAUUUUUUAAACGUAAAAUAUCGCUAUUUUUCAGCGCUUAAAGUGAACUUGCGUUGCGUAAAUCGGUGCCCGGUGUUCGCGACUACCGGAAAAAGGUGGAUUUCGAUCGGGGGAAGCGCACUCAAGUGCGAUUCAAACGUUCUGAAAAACUCGAAUACGUUUUAUGGCUGAGGAAAAUGUGAAGUGGUGUGAGCUUGGAACAGUCGAAAAUCACGUCUAUGUAGGCUUGAGGAAGCAAGUCUCGGAUAGUAUUUUGUGUAUUUAUGAGCUAGGGUUGUGUUUUGAAUUUCCAACUAUUUUUAAGUUGCGCAAAUUGGUUUGUGGUGAAGACAAAUCUUUCUCUAAGUGGCAAAUAAAUUUUAUAGUUGAACCGGAUACACCGAAAAAUCCUACCCGAAUUGCAACAGUGCGUGUUGUGGGGUGGUGAUGGCCUCCGGUGGCGGAGGAGCAAUCGUCGGUGGUAUCGGAAGCAACAACAGUGAAGACCAGUGGCUCAAGGAAGACGGCUACCUGAACGUAGAUGUUGAAGCCGAUCGUAUCGUUUACCACCCGCUCCUUAAUGUGAUCCUGGUGUUCACACGUGGCUCCGCUUUGAAAGUUCUAGAUGUCAACUCCGGCGUUAUUUUGCAGAGCUAUGCAGUUUCCGAAACACUUCCACCGCAAUGCCGCUAUUUGCCGGAUCAAGAUAAGAUCCUAUUUUGGAAUGGUAAGAACAUUUCGAUGAGGGGCGACUACAAUGGGGUGCUGCUUCUGGACACGAUCUUGCAGGCACCGAUCAGUCAGGCCGAUGAUCCUAUUCGCAUUGAGUUGCCCCUGUCAGAGGCGGUGUUGUUUUUUCAAUGCCUUCAGAACCUAGAACAGAAUGGUCUGGAAAACACGACCGACGUGACCUUCGAGCUAAACCACAAGAUUUCCGAGGCCCAGCAAUUCGUUAAGCGUGGAAUAAAGGCGCAAAAGUGGGAAACCAUCUGUCUCGAGUUGCCCCAUUCUUCGCUACGGAUGGUAGCCGGAGGAAUGGUUAUGCAGCUGAAGCGCCUCGAUCGACACAUUCCUGCACUGGCCAUUGCAUCAGCCAUCAAUGAACGGUUGACCGAUUUGCUGGAGGGGGCUCGUGUGACAGAACCUACCGCACUCAAUCGCUUCCACAUGUUUUCGGAGGCAGUUCGGAGGCAAACAUUUGAGGCGUGGCCCCACAUGGACUACAAAUGGGUCCUGCCGGAUCAGAUGGCUCAAGCAGGAUUUUAUCAUUUCCCGGGGGACAACGGAAACGGUGACCGGGCAAUGUGCUUUACAUGUAACGUUUGCUUGGUUUGUUGGGAGAAAACGGACGAACCAUGGAGUGAGCACGAACGACACUCACCCGAGUGCCCUUUCGUUAAAGGUGAUUUCACUCAGAACGUUCCUUUAUCAGUGACAUACGCCUCGAGUCCAGCGAUUGCUACUCCAGGCUUCACAAUAGUGUCUGCCGGAGAGCAAGGAAAUGUACUUUGUACCGGGAAUUCGUCCGCCGAUGUCACUAUUUGGAAUUUGGAGCGACAGUUGGUGAAGGUUCAUGACUUCAAAAUCAAGCUCCAUCCGGAUAUUCUAGCUACAACAACUCUCAGCAUGGAUACUAAUGUGCAUGAGGUAGAAUUAACUGCUCUUGCCACGCAUUACAACAAAUCUUUAUUCGCGGUCAACAAACCAAAAACGGCUACACUAUCUUUGAAGCCGAAAAUGCUCGGAACCAAAAUUGUUUGUGGUAUUCGUGUGCUGAGUACGGAACCAGAAACAAAUUCUGGUGAAAAAGAAACUACGCUUCUCUUCAUUGUCUACAAUAUUGAAAAUCCAAUCAACUGUGAGCAGGACAGCCCGACAGCCAAUUCAAAGUCUAAACAACGCCUGUCAACACUCCUGGUAUCACCUAGCAGCAACAAUAUUCCUCCGGCGAAAAAAUCCUCCCUCAGCACAAUCGAUGAGAAGUAUGAGGACGACUUUAUCAAAUUCCUUUCGGAUAAUACCGAUUCUCAAUUGCUAGAAUCGAUAGACAAAUUGAUCGAUAUUGAUAUAAAAAAGGACGAAGCUCACCUAACGCAACAGUUUGCUAAGCUAGACGAUACACUUAACAAAUUGAUCGAAGCAUCUGCUUCCUCGACUGGCAGUUCCGGCGAAGAAUUUUUGUCCUUGGGUAAGCAGCUUCCCAUUAGCAUUGGUGGUAUUGGAGGGGGAACGAUCAAGCUUACAGACAGCAAUAAUCAAGUGGCUUCAACCAAACCUUCACUAACGGAGAGCGUGAGUUCAACCGGAGCUUCAGCCGGCAGUGAUGCUGAUGUUACGACUGCCUUAUCCACUGCUACCAGUUUGGCGACUACCAACAAAUGUGAAAUCAGUUGUAUUCCGCUGCAAUACAUCGAGCUGCCACCGUUCUACUGCAAUUCGCCAGAAAAUUAUAAAAUCGGAGAAAUCAUUCCUUCUAGCGAUAAUCGGCAUCUGCUGGUGGUUGUUCGUUUGAACAAAAUAAAAACCAAGGUAACUAGAACUGAGAUUGAUGUGAUGGAUAAAAAUGAAAAAGAUGAACCAGCCGAAAACGAAAAAGUUACCGGUGAAAUUCUGGAAGAAAUCGAAGAAAAUGAGUGGAAAACAAUUCUCUAUCUUUACUAUCUCUACGAGGAUGGACUGGUAAAGUGCGAUGAACCAUUGGUGAAAUUUUUAACAGAUGAUGAAACUCCGGUCGAGAUCAUCAUGCUUCCAAAAUGCGACAGUAGCGGAAGAAUUUUUGGCGGUAACGAUACCGAAAAUGGUGUGUUCGUCAUGACCUGCGAGGAUGGAAAACUCCGAAUUGUAUCCAUUAAAACAUUGACCGUUAUUUCUGAAGUUGGUGUCGCUGAUGACCGUUUCGUAUCUGCAACUUAUUGCAAAAGUCUGGAACGACUUUGCGGCUGUACGGCCAAAGGAUGUUUGCAUUUCUAUUCCUUCUACGAUCUGGAUGCAGAUUCAAGUGAUGAACGCGACGAUGAUGUUAGUUGUGUGAUCGAGAAUAGUGGUAAAUUGAUCAUGGAUAAACCUUCAACCAUGCCAAGCCUUCUUAAGUAUGACGCUACACCGUCUACUUCAUCUUCACCGGCUCAACCACCUUCUGGGUCCACCAACGCGAAUCCAACAUUUGCCGGAGAUCAUAACUAUUGUGACGUACUGCUAGCAUUCAAGUCGGAUAUGUCGAUGAACACCUUGAAAAUAUUGUACUCGUUGACACUAUUCAACGAAAUGUUGACGCCUUACACAGCUGAAGUUCCAGGUUGUUGGAGUGAGCUGGAGCAAGCACAAAAACAGCGUCGUCAUCCUCAACAUUUGCGACCGGGUGAUGAUACCCAUUUGACCAAAACGUGGAGGCUACAUAAUGGCACUACAACUUUGGACGAACAUCUGAUCGAACUGAGUCUGCCGAAAUGCACCUCACUUGGCCAUAUCGAUUUCAAAUUCUCGCUCUAUCAACCGUGUACUAACGCACCAGCCAUCCAGGUGACCUUGUUGAAACAAAAAUCUACCGGUUUGUGCUCUCGUCGGAAAUCACAAUCCAUCAACAGGGUCGAUGAAUCUAUUAACUUCAAUAUUGGUUCAACGGAUGGGAAAAAUUCCAUCGAGAAUCCAGUAUUGAGCGAAGAAUACCUCAAUGCACGAAAUGCGGAGAUUUUAGUGGGACCUAUCGAACUUGCUUCCUGUAUGGAUCUUAGUGAACAAGCAGGUUCCGUGACGCUAACUAGUCCGAAACUACUAAAAUCCAAAGGAAGGAACUAUCUGCUUCACAUCAAAACUAUGACAGACUUUUCCAAGGAUGGACAGGCCAAAACUAGAGUUCCGGUGCGCAAGAAGGGUAUCACUAGCAUAUUGUUGACUUCAUUCGUGCACAGUAUGGCUCGUGGCAAAUCUGACAGCGCAUCACUUGGUGGUUCUUCUUCGACGACUGCAGGACCUGCAAUAGUUGGGAAGGAUAAUAAAGGAGGCAGCAAUGGCAUGGAUUCGUCACCAACUUUGCCGUCCGAUCCCAGCAGUACCUCCGCUAAUACCAACAAGUCGCAAAAAAAUGACUUUUAUAUAGGAUGCGACUGGCUGAACGAGAUAUCCAUCACGGUUCGUUCAACUCGACAAGUGUACAAAAUCGAAAACGAGCGUGCCCAACGGCUGGCAAUGUUGGAAUCAAAUCUGUUGCUGAACAACUUAUUGAAAAUCUUGUACAACUAUGCUAAUCCGGAAGAAGACGAAGCUGUUCAGUUACAGCAGAACAUUGUUUUCGAUAUCCUUAUUUGGAUCGUAACCAUUCGGAUGAUGCGAUAUCGAUACCCAAAGAACCCUUUCGGAAAGAAAACUCUUUCCGGGGAAAUCAAAGAUUUAGCUUCCAGUGACAUUAACGUUCAACAAUCUGAGUGUAUACAAUUAGUAGAGAAGCAUUUAGUAGAAAUAGUGCGCCACUGUAUAGUUCUGGGAAAUCGCAGCAUAGCUCACAAGUGUGUCAAGUUUGUGAGCGUUGCUUUAGAGGGUGCUCAAAACAUGAUAGAUAAAGACGGUUGCAAUCAAUUCGAGAAGACUUUGAAGCAGGCCAUCGUUACAUGUCUACCGGAAAUAGUCGAUUCUCAACAUGCAGGAGCCCUAAGAUGGUUCACGUUGCUCAUUUCAGGAACCUCGACAAGCGAUUCUCACAGUCCCAUUUCCGAGCACUGUAUCUCACUACUCAAGGAUGUUGCAAUCGAAAUGAACAAACGAGCUAGUCCAUAUGCAGCACUUUUGCGCACUCGGUUCGGACUGUAUGGAUCACCUUUUGAUGCAGAAAUUUUUGAAUCGCAACCGUCAUCCGCUAUGCGAAACCCAAAUUUGUCGUUCUCCUGUUCUUCGAUUGGAAAAACCGGCUCAGUGGCCAAUUCUGCUGCGGCAAAUCAGCACUCAUCUAUAGAUUUGCGCUCGGUUUGUGUUACGGAUGGGUCGGAAUUGAAAUUUCUUCCAUUACAACUGCGGCGUCGCGGCAUUGGAAAUCAUUUCAAGGGUUUACUGGAGGUAGAACCAUUACAUUAUGUAUGCAGUUCGACAUCGGAUGCAACGCGCUUGGAAAACAUUGAUGCAAAUAACAUUCAAUCAACAAAUAUAAUAGACGAUUUUCUAAUGGAAAAUACUGUUCAAAACAAUAUGGAAACAGUGCAGAAUCACAUAAAGCUAGAAGAGAAAGAAAACUUAGACGACGACAUGAUGAACAAUGUUAAGAAUAUUCUUGUGGAUAAAAUAUUUUAUUCCGCGUUGAAAAAACAUAAACUGAAAGAUGAUGUUAACGAGGCUAAAAAGGCAGAGGAUCUUGAUGCUCAAAAUGAACACUUCAACGAAAUUGAAAGUUGGGGUCCAUCGAAUGAGCCAAGGAUUGUAUUUGUCGGAGGUAAUACUAACGAAGCAGCCUCGAUAAUCGAUGAUAAAUCACAGGCCUCGAUUGCUUUGAACAAUAAGAUCCAAGAAUUUUUUGAAGACAGCAAUGCCGAAGAAAAUGCAAACGGUUUACCGUGGCAUAAGUUACUAAGCACACCACCGAAACAGAUGAUUGUUGUAGAACGGAUGCAUUCCGGUGCUAUGCGAUACAUAACUCUUGAUUUCGGGGCACCCAUCAUGUUGACUGAUUUGAUCAUUCCUGCAUGCUCUGAUCUAGCUUCGCUUUUCAUUGAUAUAUGGUGCUUUGAGGAAGAAGCAGACAGCGUCCGGUUAGUAGUAUCCUUAGAUAUCGGCUCACGUACAUUGGUUCUAAGUGAUCUUCAACCUCCACCAAUUUGUCGAUACCUGAAAAUAACUAUCACGGGACGUUACGGCAUGUCUGCUACCAGAUGUCGUAUGCCAAUGGGGUCAUUCUAUGGUCAUAUUGUGAUCCUAGAUCACGAAGGGUAUGCCGACCCGGUAAUGAAAUAUCUGAAAAAUAAGAAAAGUAAUCUGCCAGCUCAAGUCAAAAUCCUCAAAGCUCUUUACGAAGACGUUCACUGCCGGUAUUGCUUGUCCAAUAGUAAAUUAAUCGAUAUGCUGCAACCGUAUGUAAAUAGUGAAGCAUCGAAUAUUUCCCAUAUGCAAGCAUUCCUAAAUCGCAUAAAAGAAAAUGGUGGAGAUCACACCGGUUCCGCAAAUCCAUCUGUCUCGGCUGCCUUCCAAGAGAAUCAGAAGGUGUAUGCUGUAUAUGAGGAAUGUAUGGCAUUCCAGCAUCAACUAAAUGUAAUAAAACGCGUGAUUGAUCGUAUUCGUGCACCACUUGAUGUUCCCGAACAACCGAAACAUUGUCACCCGGAUGCAGAACUUCCCAGAGAUCUAUCUUCAAUAUACACCGACAAGCUUCGCGUUCUGAGUGAAUGCCUUAUCGAGACUCUGUUGCACCUGAUCACGACCUAUGGAGGCCAAAACGUCGCUAACAUCUACUCUCACUUUGACCAAGAUACUUGUAAUCUCCUUUUCGAUACCUUGGUCAUCAAUGGGGAUACCCAUAUCCAGCUAGCCACAUGUUCCAUUCUGGUGCGAAUGUGUUGCUUCAAACCUUGGUGGGGUGAAUUUCUAGCAGAAAAGUUUUUGAAAUUAUACUCUUCUCAAAACAGUCGCAUCUUUCCCCAAGAUCGUGUAUUCUUUCUUCUCACUUAUUUGGGACGAAAAAGCAUUUCUAUGGGCAGCUGUCGAUCGAUUGUGAUUGAUGGUAUUUUGAAAGCUUUGGCUACCCUCCUAGCACCUAUAUCGGCAAAUCACACAAACAGAUCCAACAUCUGGUGCAACACCGACUUAAAUCUGAUUGGAUGGAUUUUACUGUUCCUGUCAGUAUGUCUUGACGAAGGAGUUAACGACGGCAAAAAAGAUCCGAGCAACAUGCGGUGGGAUUUCAUGUCCGGUGAAACGGAUAUGGCCAAGUCGCGGUUGAAUAUGGGUAAUGGUAGCUUGCGCACAUUGACUCGAACGUUCAAGAAACGAUUCCUUCCAAAUAAACAUUACACUACUCCGCUUAGCGGAGGUGUUGGAAGCAGUGGAAUCAGUAGCAACAUAGUCGCCGAGAAAAUGUACAUGAUGAAUACUGAUUCUUUGCAAACACCAGCGAGUAAACUGGAAAUGGCUCUCAAGCAGCAUGAAAAUCAGUUGAAAAAAUUGCAAAACAGUGUAAAACAAUCGUUUGGGGUUUACAUAAACGAAAUAACAAAGAAUAAACCAGCUAUUCGAGCACCAGCUAAUGAUGGCAGCCCACGAGCACCUCCAAACUAUGGAAACGAUAAAGACAAUGGAUCAGACAGUAGCUCUAGUGAGUCAAACGAAACAGCAUUUGAUAAGGGACUAAAAUCUCUGAAAAUCGGAAACAUAAUUGUCGUUAUUCGAGGAUUAAUCGGAUUAAUUUUGAAUAUGGAUUUCACCUGUAAUAUGGACCUAUUUUUGAUAACGUGCAAAAUCAUUGCUCGGCUUGUGCUGGCAUGUCGACCUGUUGUUCAACUCUCAAAAAUAAUCACCACAAACCAGUUGCUUCAACUGGUUCGAAUAGCAGUGUGGGAAAAUCAACAACAACCCUGGGCGGUGCAUGCUAUCACUUGUUUGUUGCAGGAUAUAUUGGAAGCAGACAAAAAUUUCAAAGAUGAAGACAACGAUUCCGGAAAUUCUUCAGGUGACGAAGCAGCUGGAGGUGCUGGAACAUCUAGUGGUUCUUCGUCCGAACUUCCUCCACCAAUUCGUUUACCACCAGUUCCGGAAACGGCAUUCAAACCUGUUGUUAUGCACAACAGCAUACCUGUGUCCAAGGAAAUAAGCUACGCAGACGCCGUCAAAAAUCAACUACCUUCAUUAAUGGAAUGUGACGAUGCCGACAUGGAGGAACUCCUCAUCCUGGAUGAUAUGCUGGAACGAGAAAAGCGAGCCCUUAAAAAGUAUGGCAGCAAUACUAAUGGCCGCGACGGACUAAUGUUCCUUUAUAAAACCGUUUCAUCGGCAAUGGAUGCUCGGCUAGAGAUUGGACUAGAUACAAACGUUGAAAUAAUUUUGAAAAGAUUAGCCUUGAAAAGUACUUUCAAUCUCAUCGCUAUCCUCCCACACGUAGCCAUAACGGAUGCUAUGAACGCCAACCAAGGAGAGUUAGCUGCCUGGCCAGAAUCCAUCGUUGAACCAUGGUCCGGUGUAGAAUAUCAACAAGGACUAGAGACGAACAUCAUGCUGACAGAAGUGUUCGAUAAUAUUCUCGGUGAUUUACAUCUGAUUGAUUCCUGGCUCAAUUUAGAAAAAAUCCUGCAAUUAUGGUUAACAUUGAAUGGGGAAACCCUCGAACAAGUUCCGGGUAGCAACGCUCCAGGCCUCAAUGCUUAUUCGUUCCCGAAGAUUCCCUUUGGUGAUCGAGCAGUGCACGGGCUAUUGAAAGCCCUGGCAACACAUUCGAAUAUCAAACUACGAGCAUGGUGUCUCGGUUUUCAAUGUCUGAUCCUUGCCUGCAAACCGCAUUUUGAGGCGGACUAUAUGGAUGCCAAUUCGACUUCAAGCGAUAAUCACUUCCGGAAGAUGGGAAAUCUGAUUGUGAAUGACGACAAUUUCGAAAAAAUGCUGUUACGUUUCUUUUCAGGAGUUGAUCAGUCGAUCUCUUCUCUGGAUAGUAACCGAUAUGCUGGACCAACUGUAUGUAAACUAGUUUUGGAGUUGUUCGUUUGGCUUGAGCUGAAAUGUAACGUUAAAGACAAGCUGAAGGAAAUCCUUUUGAAGGUCAUACUCCAUUUAGUUCAGUUCGGCGGAGCCAUCUCUAAUCAACAGGGACCUAUCGAUGCUCAAAGUCAGUUGAUCAAAGAGCUUCUUUACUUUUCAUAUGACAAGAGCGACCUCGGUGUGGCAAUGAGCAUCAUAGAGUGUGUCUCAUGCCUUGUGUACAACAACAUUGUUAAUGUAGACAAAUUAUACUGUAUCCGAGCGUCGGAAACCAGUAAUUCGAACAACAUGUUUGGUACCAGAUUUGGUAGCUUAUUUGCGACAGUUCUUGGUUCAGAAAACUCCCGUCAAUGCAAAACAGUUACGGACAACACGCUACUGAUCGAUCUGUUAAAAUUGGCCUCCAUAUUGGUUAAUACAAAGAACCCUCGAACAGGCGAAGAUAACGCUACUGCCUAUGACAAUUCAGCAUCUUUCAACGAUCUGAACACUUCGAAUGAAAGUCAAACGGAUGAAAUAAAAGCAGAGCAACAGAACAUAGAACCUAGACCAAAAACACCGUGCUUUGCAGAUACUGUGUUGCAACAUAGUCCCACAAUGAUUCGACUGCUGAGUUCCUUGUCUCACUGCUCCAAUUCGUCCUUUGCCAUGUUAGUGGCAUCAUCAAUGAGUUCAUCCGCCCUGAGUGAUUCUAAAAACAACACACUGAGUGAACCGCAAACGGUGGCCGAUGCCGUUUUUCAAUUGCUGCUCUAUCUAAGCCGAACGGCUACGCAAAAUAUUUUGGUAGUUAAACCUUUGUUCGAUUACAUUAACUAUACCGCCAGUAUGCGUCAUGCCAUGCCUAAACUUCAACUUUCAGAACCUUUCUUAUGGUUCAUUUUGAAAGUUUUGGAAACAUCUGCUUCGGUAGCCAUUUUCGCUGAUAUGGGAGGUAUCAAAGUGCUUUGUGAAAGUCUCGUACGCAGUAACCGAACGCUCAUCAACACUCAGCCUAGUCUGGUUUCAAUGAUCAUGCAGAGACUGUCCAAAUCAUCCAAUUUGCAGACAACAUUAUCAAGUUCGUCCAAAAAGAGUUCCUCGUCCAGCACUCGCAAUGAAGAUGGCCUGAUCAACUUUGCACCGUAUUGUACAAUAUCUUCUGAAAACCAAACCGCACAACCAGCUGAUGUACUGAUUCAAGCACCCAUUGCUUCGCAUCGUCGUGCUCGAAACCCUGCUUGGAGUUAUCUUUUUUAUCCAAAUGAAUCCCACGUAGACUUGACCAUUACUCUUCCUACAGCAGUAUUGUUGAAAGAAGUCCAGUUGCAACCGCAUCUGUCGACGCUGGCUUCAUGCCCAUCCGCCGUAGCGAUUGAAAUCACUCGAGACAGCAAUCUAGGUCCGAUUCCGAUUACACAACCUAUUUCCACCGUCGGAAUGACUUGCAUUCGAUUGAAAUUCGCACAACCGGAAAUUGCCACCAGCGUUAUCAUUCGCUUAUAUCGGCCACGAGAUGCUAGUAACAUUGGAUUGACUCAGAUAUCCGUUCUCGGAACUACAACAUUCAGCGAUGUCAACUACAAUACAGGAGGUUCAAGUUGGGCUACAGGUAGCAAUAUUGCUGGUCCAAGUACUAGUAAUGCUUCUGCUUCCGGAAUAAAACCACCUAAUGACUCCCUGAAUGAGUAUCAAAAUGAUGAUGACAAGGUAGCUCGAACAAGCCUCGGUUGGCUUCGGAUCUUAGCUCAGUGUUUCAGCGUCGUAAUCUAUGCAGCGGAUCAGCAGUUGACUAAUCGUGUCAUCGAUGCUGCAACAGAAGUCCCCGGCUUUCUUGAAGCAUGUUGUUCACUAUUAAACAUUGCUCCUUACAGCCCCAAUUUCGCUCUGCAGAAUUUGGAAACGGUUCUCCUGAAACUGGGACUUCACAACCGCGAUCUGGGUCUGAAAUUGAUCAACAUUCUACUCAAGGAAAGCAUCCCACAAAUGUUUCAACUGAGUAACGAUUCCAUAUCCGAUCUUUUGUAUCACUUGUGCACUACUCAAAACGAUUUCACUCAAGACCGAUUAGAGGCGUUACUUGGAUGGGUGCAACAAUUACAUGACACCUACAGGAAAAAUCAAUCAAAUCACUUUGUUAUGCAUGCAACAAACCCAUACAGUGGAUUCAUCAAAUGCCUGGCUUCGAUCCUUUGGCAAGCACAUGCUAUCGAAUUGAUUCCUAAUCUGUACAACAUGAUCAGUAAAGAACUGUUUGAAACACUUUAUGAUUGGAAUCAAGAGCUAGAACAUGAUGAACCUCUUAAGAAAGCCAUCGAUGCCGUCCUUUGUUCUAUUUGCUGUAUAAGACCUGAGCUCUUCACGAUGCUGCUGAAGCGAAUGGGAGUUCUUGUUCCGAAUUUGUCCACUGAUCUCACUGCUUCGAUUUCCGACGAUAGAAAAGACGGAGAGUGCACCACUGAUGACGUAAAACAAGAAGAAUCCGAUUCGGCAGAAUGGUAUAGUCAUCUGGUAAUCGAAGACGUUUCCAAAAUGAAUUUGUCAAAAUCACACCUAGCCACUAUAUCGUUAGCUUGCCAAUCUCCGCUUGCAAUGCAACAGUUAAUAGAUUCUGGACUGCCCAAUCUGCUUACUUCAGUUGUUUUAGAGUUCUGCCACUGGGCGUUGGUUAGUAUCAAUCAGCUUGAUCGAGAAAAAUCGAGUAGUAACGAACCAUCGGUAGACAACGAUAAUCGCAAAACAUUCGAGGAAGAACAAACAGCAACUGCAGGGUACAGUGAAAUCCCACAAAAUAACUCUGAAACUUCCUGCCUAACAGACGCUGAUAAGGAACACCAUAAAUAUUCAGGAAACUGUUCAAAGGAGACAUCCUACCCUAUGGUGAACAUUCAAAAGGUUACGGAAAUAUUGAACUUUUUCACCGAUGUUUGUUCCGAAGGUCUUAUGCGCGAUUGGUUAGGUUGUUUUGAAGGUUCCAUUUUCUGGGAACCGUUGCUGUUGCUCCUAUGUAAUAAUAAAUUGGCAAUUCUAGCUCCGGAGGUUACUCCCCAAGCUUGUCUAGAUUUGGAAGAAUGUCUCAUUAAAUUCCUUUCAAAAGUAACAGCAUGCCACCCUAAAAAUCAAGAAGUUUUAACGGUAAACCUCAUCUCAGUUAUACGUAAAUCGGACACAAAUGGAUUGAGCAGCAUUACAACCGGUGGCACACAGGCAAACAAUCGUGUUACUAAUGGCAACAAAUCUUGCAUAUCAGGUUUUACGCGCAGAUUAGUCUUGCAAAUCCUGCUGGAAAGCGAAAAAAUACUUGUUACAGUUAGAAGUGAUCUUCCACUUCACAACAAAGAUCAAAAUACCUACACGGUUAGCAACCAUCCAUCAAAACGCCCCAAUGCCCAUUUUCUACUGUUUUAUCUAAGUACCAAUGCCAAAUGUCAAGAAAUUCUUGAUCAAUGUGCGACUGUGUACAACCAGCUAGUGCCGAACUUUCCCUCCGAUAGUCGCGUUGGUGAAAUUCUAACUGGAGCUACGUCGAACGUUGGUGGUUUGAUUGGUUCAGCCACAGGCAACAGUGACUCUCGAAAAGAGCUUUGGGAAAUGGGGUUGGGCAUGGAAUUUCUCAGUGUAGCUGCUGGUGUAACCGCUAAAGAUAAGCGUCUAAAAGAGGCAAAAAAUCAAGCAACCACCAUGAAACAGAAGGAUAUCCUGUCCAUGUUUAAAAUGAAGAUUGACGAUCCGAAGCUAACAGCCCCUGAGGGUGUGACGCUUACACACACUGCAGUGCCAAAUGGGAUGAUCACAAGUGACACCACGAUAUCGCAGAUACUGGCCAUGCUUAAAUCGACCAAUGUGUCGUUGUCUACACCUUGCAUUAGUAUGAAUUUGAUCGAAGCAAAAGGCAAAACAGAUAUAGAUCUGGUCUGUGAAAGCAGCAGUGGAUCGUCGUCAUCCUCGCCAAUUCUGAAGGCAGCAGAUUUCAUUCCGCUUCCAUCACCGCUUCAAAUUUUCUCCAGCCGCGGGGGUCUUUCAUUGCUGGCCCAUUAUUUGCCUACGGUUUACCCAGAAACACCAAAAGCUCAUCAGCAGUUUGGGGACAAGGAUAAAAAUAUUCCUCCUGGCGGCGAAUGGGUGAAAGUCGAACAAAACGAGGAAAUUUACGAAGAUUUAGACGAUAUUUCGGCCGAGUCUUCUCCCAAAGCACAAGCCAUAUCAGCGGUUCCCCAACACUCCUUGACGGCCUUUGCGCUGUUUCUGAAACUGCCAGCCUACUCAGAAGUGCUUUUACGGGAUAAAGUUCGCGCGCAAUGUCUGCUACGACUAAUAUUGGGCGUCACUGGUGAUGGUGAAGGAAACGAAAUAUACAGCUUAGCGCUGUCAUCUUCAUUGCCGACCUUGCCGUUCGAGGUAUUUAGGCAGCUGUUGGAUAGUUCACCGUUGACCACCGAUGAUGGAGUGCUGUUGAGGCGUAUGGUUAUUGAAGUAGGUGCCAUUCAUUUGGUGUUGAAUUGUUUGAGUAUAUUCACCCAUCACAACGGCAGUGGAUCCAGUGGUUCCAAUUCAUCGGAUAAUAUCCAAGCCACAGCCAACAGUAAACCAACCAGUAGCACUAAUGCACCUGCAGCAGUCCCCUCAACGGCCAAUGGCGGGGAGGAACAGCUUAAUUCAGACGACAAAAGCCACAUGUACUGGGCCAAAGGCACCGGUUUCGGUACAGGAUCAACACAACGAUCUUGGAAUAUUGAACAAGCUCUAUUGCGUCAAAAAAGCGAAGAAGAGCAUGUUACUGUGCUAUUGCAGGUUCUCUCGAGUUAUAUCAAUCCAGGAGAUAAAUUACCUGCAAAUAUAGACAGUGAUGAACCAAGCUAUCGAGAAUGUAGUGAAACACUACCGGAAUUACCUCCAAUAUUUUUGGAUCUCUUACAACAAUCUUGUCUUAUUCCGGCCUUAAGUUCGUACCUUAGGAACGAUUCUGUUUUGGAUAUCACAAGGCACAUUCCCCUGUACCGGGCGAUUCUACAACUGUUAAGAGCUAUCUCGCUUUCGACGCAGCUGAUGUCCUUAUUAGUGAACAAAGACAACGAGGGCAAAAUAUCGAUAGCAGUUUUGCUAUCCAACAUGAAGGCAUGCGUCGACACAUACGCAAGCCGUUUAAAGGUCAAUAAAAAGUCCAACCUUAAGGGACAAACGCAAAAAAUCACUGUCAGUCUAGAUGAUGGCGAUGAUGAAGGAUUGGCACUAUUAAUUCCCGACAUUCAGGAAACGUCACUUCUUGUGCAGAGUGCCACUAAUUUGGAUGCUUCCGAUGCUGAGGAUGAACAAAAAGAGUCUGUUUCCCGACCAUUGGCAAAAUCUGUGGAAGACAAAUAUAUGGAGCUAAUGAAGGCGCUUCAAUUCGACACGUUUGAAAUGAUCGCCGAAACAGAAAAUGGCUAUCGGUUCACCAUCUCUCACCAUUUCGAGACUAACGUUCGGAUGGCGGGAGACCGAGGCCACCCUGGUCGUGUUAAACGAUUGGCCCAAGAAACUGUAACCCUGUCCACGAGCCUUCCGCUCUCUUAUAGUAGUUCCGUUUUCGUACGCUGUGAUACCGAUAGGUUAGAUAUAAUGAAAGUAUUAAUAACGGGCCCAGCUGAGACCCCGUACGCCAAUGGUUGUUUCGAGUUUGAUGUUUACUUCCCUCCGGACUAUCCGAACUCGCCGAUGAUGAUUAAUCUGGAAACAACUGGCCGUAACACAGUUCGCUUCAACCCAAACCUGUACAACGAUGGCAAGGUUUGCUUAUCGGUAUUGAACACAUGGCAUGGCCGACCGGAAGAAAAAUGGAAUUCUCACACGUCCAGCUUUCUACAGGUGCUUGUAUCGAUACAAAGUCUCAUUCUGGUGCCGGAACCGUACUUCAACGAACCGGGCUUUGAGCGCAGCAGGGGGACGCCAAAUGGGACGCACAGCUCCCGCGAGUAUAACAGCAACAUUUAUCAGGCUUGUGUGCGCUAUGCCAUGCUGGAGCAGUUGAAAAAUCCAUGCCCAUGUUUCAAAGAGGUAAUCCAAACCCACUUCUGGCUGAAACGGAAUGAAAUCUGUGCACAAAUCGAAGAUUGGAUCGCUGAGUUGAGUAAACCUUUGCAGAAAGAACGAACCGGCCGCACCAUUUCGUUCAACGCUAUGGUAUUACGUCGACAGUAUCGUCAGUUACGAGAAGAGCUGGCUAAAUUAGCUCCACCCGAAGGAUUGGACGAACUGGAUUAUCCGUUUCAUGCCGGGAUAACGCCUACGACGCCAUCGGCCGCCCCUAAUGGCAGUACUACUAUAAACACUGCAACAUCUGCAGUCGAUGAUCCUCCUCAACAGGAAUCAGGAAGUAUGAACAUUCCUCCGGCUGAACCACCGCUCGAAGUUAUGUCUGGGCUAGCGAUAAUCGGGAAGAUCGAUAUGAUUCCCGAUGAAGAAGAGGAUGAUGACGAUGCGGCAGAUUCGAUCAUCGAACUCGAGGUAGGUCAGGAUGAUGAUGAUGCACAGGGAGAAGGCAGUGUGACCAAACCAGACGAAGAAGCUGGUAGCAGUAGCAGCAGCAGUAAUGGCAAGGAAACUAGCAUUCCUGAUGAAUUGCAACAGCAGGAAGGGGACGGCGACUUGUCACCCGAAGAGAUUGUUCUGUCGAUGGUGUGGUAAGUGUUUUGUCCAAAUCUCUAUUUUUGUCUCUUCUAUUGGUGUCUUCAAUGUGCGUGUAUGUGUGUGCGUAACAUCCCAACCGAAAACUGCCAAUCAAAUUUGUGCAACUCUCAUGUCCUAAUUUGUAAAAAGUGCCAUCUGUUUGCUGGCAAACGAAACACAUUUUUAAAUAAGACAUACUUUCGAACGAUUUUUCACAGAUACAAAACCACGCAAUUGGAGCCUUCAGUCAAUUUAUCUCUGUAAAUGAACAGUCACACACUACAACGCUUGUUCUUCCCUUUAAUUUGAAAUCAAAGACAGUGAAAAAGGAUAAAAUCAAACAUAUUUGUCCAGCUGAACAAUAUGAAAUCAGACAUAAACAACUAAGAAAUCCUUAAUAUUAAAAAAAAACCUAAAAACAGGACUCAAUAUAUACAAGAGAAAUAAUACCAAGCUAAGCUUAAUUGAUCAUAGAACAAAAGCAACAAUAUCAAACGGAGAGCUAAAUUUCCAAGUGUAUUUGCGUAAUGCAAAAUAGUUGAUGAGCCAUACUAGAAGAAGCGAAGUUGAAAGGAAAAACGAAAAUGCCUUGUUUAUUUAAUAUUUAUUUGAAAGGGAAUGCGCUUCAAAGGAAAAAAAAUGUUUUUGAUCGGUGUAUAUUAGAAUGGGCGCAAGUUUUAAUUUAUACAAACACGAGAAGCAAAACGUACUGAGUAGGGUUCUUUGAACGGUUUAAAGAUUAAAUAAGAUUAUUUUUUAACACCACCAUCAAAUUAUAAUAAACUUUCAGUUUGAUGUUUAGCUUAUUUUUGUUUUUCAAUUCAAUUUCAAUUCAAUUUUUUUUUUAAUUCUUAUGUUAAUGUUUUUUCAUUUCCUUUUUUUAUAAGUAAAUCAGAAACGCUUUGUAUUAAAAAAAAUGAGCCUUCCUAUUAGUUGAAUAUAAAUAAGUCGAUUAUUCUGUACUAUCCAGUCAAAGUCAAAGACUCUUGAAAACCGAGCGAAAUCGCUUGAAUGUUUCAGUUCUUGUGAUGCAGUUUUAAUGUGUUUAUAUAGUCUUUGAUUGACAGUGAAUAUAAGGUGGUGUUUGAUGAUUUAAUUUGGACGCUGCAUAUUUGGCCACAAAUAUGGCGAUUAAUGAGGAAGCUAUGAAAUUUGCAACUGGAAAUUAUACAAAUAAAAACAUCUUACAUGGAUAUUAUACAUUGUACUAGUAACACAUAUUAAUAAAUUAAAUUAAUGAA